UGAAAUUCAGUUGAUAACGGAUAGUCACGGUGUUAAGACGUUCUAACCAACCCAAAAGGCUGAUAAAAUUAUACGAAAAAAAUUUCAAAAAGUGAAACUGUUAGAAAAGCGUCAAUAAUGUUGGAUAAUGAACGUGACAAUGGAUUACGAAUUAACAAAAUGAAGGAGUAAAGGAGUAAAAAAAUUUUAAAAUUUAUUAACAAAGAUGUGAGUUAAAAAAGUUGAGGAAAACUAAAAUAAUUUAAAAAAGUAAAUAUUACAAAAAAGAAGUAAUAAAAAUAAUAAAUUUCAUUAAAAAAUUUUUAAACUAAGAAAAGUUACAAAAUAUACUAAUCAUUUCAAGCAAAUUAACAAUUUGCACGAAAUUAAAAAAAAAAAAUAAUAAGAAAUAAAUAAAGUUUCACCAAAUUUUAAUCAAAACCAAAUACAAACGAGUUAAACGUAGCAGUGCAGCAUUUAACCGCGGUCGCGUUGCUUCGCCACACACCUUCUUGACAGCGCGUUCGGUGCAAUUAAUUUCUUCGCUUUACUGCGGUUGACGCUUUGACGCCACCUACUGUAAUUGGAUUAUUGGAUAAUGGCGUUACAAACAAACAUAAAUGUCUAAUUCUACCGGUGAGAAUUCAUGGUGGCCUGUGCACGUACAUAUCUAAUGUGUAAAAUUAAUGGUUAAUUGCCUUUGAACGUAAGCUUUACUGCUUCCGAAAGCGAUUAAGUGAAGACAACAAAAAUUAAAAGAUUUUUAUAUGCGGAAAUUACAAGCGCACAUAAAAGUUCGUAUCACUGACUGAAAAAAUAAAAAAUUACGAAAUUUUUUAAAGACUUCUUCGUAACAACUUGACUUAUAGCACCAUGGAUGAAUUUCCCGUCUUACAAAUACCUGAUGAUGAAGUACUCGAGGAGGAGGAAUUCGAACGUCUAUACUCCGCUCCUAUUGAAAUUGUCAUAAUACUCUCCAUAUUUUACGGCGGCAUCAGCAUUUUGGCAAUCAUUGGCAACUCAUUAGUCAUUUGGGUGGUAAUAACGGCCCGACAAAUGCGUACGGUCACCAAUACAUACAUAGCAAACUUGGCUGUUGCCGAUGUCAUCAUUGGACUCUUUUGUAUACCGUUUCAGUUUCAAGCAGCUCUUUUACAGCGUUGGAACUUACCCUGGUUUAUGUGUGCCUUUUGUCCUUUCGUGCAAACGUUGAGCGUAAAUGUUUCCGUUUUUACAUUGACCGCCAUUGCGAUUGAUCGACAUCGUGCUAUCAUCAAUCCUUUAAGAGCACGUCCUUCGAAAUAUAUUUCAAAAUUUAUUCUGCUUGGCAUUUGGUUAUCAGCAUUCAUAUUCGCUAGCCCAAUAGCUGUGGCAUUUCGCGUGGAAGUGAUGCAUGAACGUUACAGAGAGGACGGUGUCAUCUACAAUGUGACACGACCAUUCUGCACGAAUGUCAAUCUCUCGGACGAACAGCUAAAGGCUUACCGUUAUGCGCUUGUUAUCGUACAAUACUGUGUGCCCUGCUGUGUCAUCUCCUUCGUCUAUGUACAAAUGGCUGUGAAACUGUGGCUGACGGAAACACCGGGCAACGCCGAGGAUACAAGAGACAUGGCGUUAAUGCGAAACAAGAAGAAAGUCAUAAAAAUGCUCAUUGUUGUUGUGAUUGUGUUCGGCAUCUGCUGGCUACCCUUGCAGUUAUAUAAUGUGCUGUAUGUGACUAUACCAGAAAUUAAUGAAUACCAUUUUAUCAGCAUAAUAUGGUUUUGCUGCGAUUGGCUGGCGAUGAGCAAUAGCUGCUACAAUCCCUUCAUUUAUGGCAUUUACAAUGAGAAAUUUAAACGCGAAUUCAAUAAACGUUUCAAUUUGUGCUUUUGCAAAUUUCGCACCAACAACGAUGCCCACGAGCGCACCUUGUCUAUGCAUACGAGAGCCACCUCGCUGCGCUCGAACUUUGCCAACUCGUCAAUGCGUAUACGUAACAAUUUAUAUGCCGAAGCGGCUGCUGGACAACACAAACCAGAUAUAUACUACACAUAUCGUUAUGCCAAUAUGCGAUCGAGUCGGAAUGGCAGUAAUGCGUCAGCGCACAAUAAUAUUGCUAUGCCUCGUAAAACAAUGCAAACGUAUGACUACAGCAAAACUAAUACCGAGUUGCAUAACGCUGUUGCUGCUGCUGCGGCCAAUGGUCAAAGUGUGCCGCAAUGGCGUCGCAACAACUUCAAGCCACUGUAUCCGGAUGUCAUUGAAUGUGAAGAUGACUUGGACACGCUGAUGCACUCGACACCUACAUCAGAGGAGCCGAAUUCCAGCUCGGCGGGCAGUAAUAAGGUGAAUAUGAGUGCCGGACCGGGUUUCAUAUUCAAAACCACAGGGAAAAGAUAGCUGGGAGCAUUGCCAUGCUAACACAGUUACGCAGAAACCAUGUUCAAUUGUGCAGUGGAAAUGGACCCAAGCAACAAUUAAGCGUACGGCACGCACAUUUGGGCAACGGCAAGUCAGGGUCUUCGGCUUAUUUGACCUAAGCUCCUGCUGGGAAUGCAUGUGCUCUGUGCCCAUUUUGGCUAUUGUUGCUGUAAAUUUGCCGAUUUUGACAAUAAACUCCCAGUAUCGAAGUGUGUCGCAUAUGCGACCGCCAGUCUUGACUCGUGCAAGCAAUAACCACCCAAACAAAGUCUGAUGCGUAGUAAUCGUAACGUCUGCCAUGUUACUGAUGAACCCGCUGGGGCUUUUAAGCAGCGAUUAGAAAUUUUGCAGAAUUUAUAAGCAAUUACUAAUGAUUCAUGUCGUGCUAUUCUACUAGUACAAUAGUUGAAUUUCAAGUUUAUAUGCAUAACAUACAUACAUAUCUAUAUGUGGUUUUGUGUGUGUUUUCAAAUCGGAUUUGUUAUUUCAAAAAUGACAAGUGUUAUUUGAGUUAAAACAAUUUUCAAGUGUGAUAAUACCAAUUAGAAUUCUCAAAGUAAAAUAAAAAAAUUUAAUCUAAAUUAAAACUUAAACAAAA